GCUUUGAUGGAAAGGGUUUCAGGAAGCCUGCCAGCCAGAGACGGCAACGUAGUGAAGGUCUGAUCGGUGUCUGAGGGCUCCAACGGGCCAAAGUGGACGUAAAAAAGAAAACAUUUCAAACUAAAGGUCUCUCUAAAAUCAUUUUCACAUAGAGGGAAUUAAAAGAAGCCAUCAGCAGCCGGCAUGAGGCUGGUCAGUGGCGGGGUCCGGGUCCGAAGGGCCGCUGAGUCGUUCGAACCAGAAUCUGAGGAAACAACGGAGCCGGCUCAUCACGAGCACGCUCAUCCAGAACACCAUCAUGAACACACGCAUCCAGAACAUCACCCGGGACAUGACUACAACCACAUGAAGGAGAAGUUCGUGAAUGAGCUGAGUCAUCUGGGCAUUCCUAUGUGGGCAGUUGGAGCCAUUGUUGUGCUGGUCCUGGUUUUAGUGGCGUGCUUCAUCUUCUGUGUUUUCAAAAAAUGCUUUGGGAAGAAGAAAAAGCCGAAGAAAGCCAGGGAGAGGAAGGCCGCAGGUCGCCGCAGAAAGGAAAAGGAAGGUGAAGGGGAGUCAGGAGAAAAGGAGGGGGAGGUGAAAAAGGAAGGGGAAGAGGAAGAGAAAGAACAGGAGAAGCUGGGUAAGCUGGAGUUCUCCUUGGACUACAACUUCACAGAUUCUCAGCUCAUAGUGGGCAUCCUUCAGGCACAAGACCUUGCUGCCAUGGACAUGGGGGGAACCUCGGACCCCUACGUCAAAGUUUUUCUGCUACCUGACAAAAAGAAGAAGUAUGAGACAAAAGUUCAACGUAAAAACCUGAGCCCUGUUUUCAACGAGACUUUUAUUUUUAAGAUUCCCUAUGCGGAGUUGGGUGGAAAGACUUUGAUUCUGCAGGUUUUCGACUUUGAUCGUUUUUCCAAACACGAUGUGAUUGGUGAAAUAAAGAUUCCCAUGAGUAGUGUUGAUCUGGGCCAGCCAUUGCAACAAUGGAGGGACUUAGAAAGUGGGGAGAAGGAAGAGGAAAAAUUGGGAGACAUUUGCAUUUCUUUGCGUUACGUACCCACUGCUGGAAAACUGACGGUGAACAUCAUGGAGGCUAAAAAUCUCAAGAAAAUGGAUGUUGGGGGUUUAUCAGACCCAUUUGUGAAGAUAGUUCUGCAACAAAAUGGGAAGCGGAUUAAGAAGAAGAAGACAACGGUGAAGAAAAACACGCUCAAUCCUUACUUUAAUGAAAGCUUCAGCUUUGAAGUCCCCUUUGAACAAAUACAGAAAGUGCAAGUUGUCAUCACAGUGUACGACUAUGACAAACUUGGAAGCAAUGACCCCAUAGGGAAGACCUUCAUGGGUUAUGGAGCUACCGGUGUCGGCCUGCGUCACUGGUCCGACAUGCUUGCGAACCCUCGACGUCCAGUAGCCCAGUGGCACACCCUCAUGCCUGAAGAAGAGGUGGACGCGGCACUCAAAGCUAAACCUCGUUAAUUCAAUUCAAAUUCAAUUCAAUUCAAAGAUACUUUAUUGAUCCCCGAGGGGAAAUUGGAAUUCCAGUAAGAACCGGAUCCUGAUCCAGUAUUAAAUGCAGCUGAGAGCUCUUUGGGUUUUAAGCUUGUUGCUGUCUCAAUCUGUCUGUUCUGUUUCAUGGCCCCAUGAGUGAGAGCAUUGAUUGGACGUGACCCUGUCCUAUUAAGAACAUUUGGAUCCCAGUCAUUACAGAACCCCUUCAUCUAGAGAUCAGAGGUCAUUUUUUGUUUGUUUAUUUGUCACCAGUUUGGACAUUGUAUUUCUAUGUGCCUGUGUACACUACAAACCAUUUUGGUUUUGCUUUCCCUGUUUCCUUUACAAAUUAUAUAAACCAGCAUAAUUCUGAAUUGGAAUAAUUGGAAAACUGGCAUUGUAUAUAUGCAGGUUCUGUGAAAUUCCUCAUAUUUAAAAUAAUAGUUUACAAAACUCCUAUAUGUUUGAUGAAUUAUUUAUGUUAAUGUUGGCUCAUUUUGUCGUGCAUUUGUGUAAAAGAUUCCUUUAAAAUCCAAAUAAAGCCAUUUCUUUGACAGUUUUACACAGUCGAUUCCUUCCCUUUCAGAUCCCCCAGGGCCAGCCCAAGGUAAUAGCAACCUUUGCAAAUGCUUAAGAAAAAUGUUACUCUCGCAUAGCAUGAAAUUAAAUGUGCUAGUUGUAAUUCAACUAAAGAAAACUUUUAUAGCAUGAAUGUUAUGUUACAUCAUUUAGAGCGGAUUUAAUCAUUUCUGCUUGUUUUUCAACUUUUCAUGUAAACAUUAUCUGUUCAUAAAUAAAUCUGCCCAUAACAA